AUGUUCGACAAGAAUCAAGCGGCAUCCACCUCGGUGGAUGCGCAUGCUGAACCCGAUUUCUUGCCUAGCGGAGAAAUUACAUCUAAACGACGAUGGUGGCAGUGGCACGAGCCAGGGACCUCCAAAGAGGAGAAGUGGCUGAUCUUCAAGAUCGAUUUUUUCAUCUUACUCUACUCUUGUCUGACCUUUUUCAUCAAGUAUCUGGACCAAACGAAUGUGACCAACGCGUACGUCUCGGGGAUGAAAGAGGACCUCAAGCUGGGGAGAAAUGAACUCAACUGGUUCACAACUUAUUUCAACAUCGGCAUCAUGGUCGGAGGACCAUUUAUCACAAUGGCACUGACAGUUGUCAGACCGCGAUACCUGUUGCCGGUCAGCACACUGAUAUGGUCCUUCUUCGUCUUGUUCAUGUACAAGGUGCAGGAUGCCAAGACACUCUACAUUUUACGGUUUUUUGCCGGCCUCUUUGAGUCUGGGGCAAUGCCGGGUGCCUUUUACAUGAUCGGAAGCUGGUACCGCAAGUCAGAGAUCAGUCGACGAUCAGCACUCUACUGGUUUGCGUCCAUUGGUGGCGGGAUGUUCUCAGGUUAUAUCCAGGCCGGACUGCAUCAGAAUAUGAAUGGCAGACUUGGCCUUGCCUCUUGGCGCUGGGUCUUCAUUUUCGACUUCAUCAUCGGCAUCCCGAUCGCAAUAUUCGGAUUCUUCUGCUGUCCAGAUGAGCCGAACGGAGAGCGGCCCUGGUGGAUGACUGAGAGGGAACAAUUGAUGUCUAUCAAGCGGAUCAGAGAUGAGGAUCGCGCCACGACCAAGUUGGAGUGGAACAUGGCUACAAUUAAGCGAAUCUUGACCUCCUGGCAGCUGUAUGGCUUUUGUCUAGCAUGGGGCUUUAUGGAGUGUACAUGCGGAGUCAACCUCCAACGGUGGAUGACUCUAUACCUGAAGUCUCUAAAGGUAGACGGUCACCCCCGGUACAGUAUUGGGAAGAUCAACAGCCUUCCCACGGUCAUCGGAUGCAUUGAGCUGGCAUGGCUUCUAAUCAGUUCCACGCUGGCAGACUAUCUCAAGAUGCGCGCACCUAUCAUUUGCUUUUUAGGGCUGUUGCAACUCGCUGCCUACAUCGUAUUCCACAUCUGGUCUACUAACAAUUCCCUCAUAACUGGGAUGUACUAUCUAUGCGCUGCCUAUGGCGCCAUUUCGCCUUUGAUUAGUUCAUGGCUGAACUCCUGCUGCGGUGGGGACAGACAGCUCCGUGCGCUAUCGACCUCCCUCAUGAUCUCAAUCGGCUAUGCCGUCGAAACAGUCUCUCAGCAAUUCAUGUUUCCCACCUCGGAGGCGCCACGGUUCAAACGAACCCAUGGUUACGCAUUUGGAAUUGCUUGGGUGGUUGCCAUGAUUGUUUGGUGUGGAAUGCUGUUGCCAUUGGUUGAAAGACGAUUUUCGAGGAAGAUCGUGCAACCUAGCUUCGAUUGCUGA